AGUUUGUCUCUCUGUUGUAGGAUGUUAUAAUUCUUAACAAGGUUGAUUUGGUUUCUCCAGAGGGUUCUGCGGAUUUUCUGGAGGAACUGGAGAAGGAGAUACAUAGUAUUAACUCACUUGCUAGUAUCAUUCAUUCUGUUCGUGGUCAAGUUGACUUGUCCAAUAUAUUGGACUGUCGGGCCUAUGAUGCUAUGCAUGCUACUCAUUUAGAAUCAUUACUGGUAGAAACUCGUGCUUUGUCUACGCGAGAUCUCCAUGACAGUGGUGUACGAACCUUAUGCAUUUGUGAGCCACGGCAGGUUGAUCUUGAAAAGGUUCGUUUAUGGCUUGAGGAGAUUCUUUGGGAGAAGAAACAUGGCAUGGAUGUAUACCGCUGCAAAGGGGUUUUGAGCGUUCACAAUUCAAAUAAAUUACAUACUUUGCAGGCAGUGAAGGAGAUAUAUGAGAUUGUGCCAACUCGCGAUUGGAAAAAGCAAGAAAAUCAGAUGAACAAGAUAGUGUUUAUAGGUCAUAAUCUAAAUGAGAAUGUUCUUACCGAGUCUUUUCAAGCUUGUGUAAUGUGAUGAAACUGUUUUCAUUUUCGGUUACAGUAGUUUGUUGAAGGUUAGAAAUAAGUAUCUCAAUGAUCUCUUUGUUGAAAAAUCUGAAUUUACAAUUCUGAACUCUCUGAGUCCCUCUUGGGAAAGUUAGAAGAAACUAGCCAAUAAAAAUUUAUUCAUUUUAACAAAAAA